CCCCUCGGUCGCACCGACUAGGAGCCUGGGGCCGGGGAAGGGGCCGCGGCUCAGCGGUAUGACUCGCCGCCAGCGCCGCAGCUCUCCCCGAGAGGUGAGGACCCGGGACUGCGCCGAGGGCUGCGGAGUGCGGGCGCCCGGUCCCCGACGGGUCCCCUGUACUCUUCGCGGGUGCUGCAACCCCCUGAUUCCCUUGGCCGGGUGUGGGAGCUCAGUUCCCGCUCUUCCCGCUUUCCGAUCCGGUUGUGCCCGGCAUCCUUCGAGAUGGCCAGUAAUCCAUGCACCAGGUAGCAUUCUGCACCAACUUUGAAUGUCAACAGGAAGUUACUGGACAGCAAACUUCCAAGAUCAUAACUUGCUGCUGAAACAACUUGGAAAAGAAGCAAACCAGAGUUGAAACCAUGGCAAAAAUAACUAGAGCUGGGCCUGCCUCCCCUCCCGAUGGAGGCUGGGGCUGGAUGAUUGUGGCUGGCUGCUUCCUGGUUACCAUCUGCACCCGGGCAGUCACCAGAUGUAUCUCCAUUUUUUUUGUGGAGUUUCAGACGUACUUUGCUCAGGACUAUUCACAAACAGCAUGGAUCCAUUCUAUUGCAGACUGCAUGACGAUGCUCUGUGCUCCACUUGGGAGUGUUGUGAGUAACCACUUAUCCUGUCAAGUGGGAAUCAUGCUGGGUGGCUUGCUUGCAUCUACUGGUUUCAUCCUGGGCUCAUUUGCCACCAGCCUGAAGCAUCUCUACCUCACUCUGGGCGUUCUUACAGGUCUCGGAUUUGCACUUUGUUACUCUCCGGCUAUUGCCAUGGUUGGCAAGUAUUUCAGCCGACGGAAAGCCCUGGCUUAUGGGAUUGCCUUAUCAGGGAGUGGUAUUGGCACCUUCAUCCUGGCUCCCAUCGUUCAGCUCCUUAUUGAACAGUUUUCCUGGCGAGGAGCGUUACUCAUUCUUGGGGGCUUUGUUUUGAAUCUCUGUGUUUGUGGUGCCUUGAUGCGUCCAAUCACUCUUAAAGAGGACCAUUCAAGUUCAGAGAAGAACCAUGACCAUGGAACUCAGAAAGAAGACUAUUCACCUCUGACCAAAGAAUGGGCACAAACCUCCCUUUGCUGCUCUUUGCAGCGGGAAUACAGUUUUUUACUGAUGUCAGACUUCGUCGUGUUAGCUGUCUCUGUUCUAUUCAUGGCUUAUGGCUGCAGCCCUCUGUUUGUGUACUUGGUACCUUAUGCUUUGAGUGUUGGAGUGAGUCACCAGCAAGCUGCCUUUCUUAUGUCUAUACUUGGGGUGAUUGACAUCAUUGGCAAUAUCACAUUUGGAUGGCUGACUGACAGAAGGUUUCUGAAGAAUUACCGAUAUGUUUGCUACCUCUUUGCUGUGGGACUAGAUGGGCUGUGCUAUCUCUGUCUCCCAAUGCUCCAAAGCCUCCCCCUCCUCGUGCCUUUCUCUUGUACCUUUGGCUACUUUGAUGGAGCCUAUGUGACACUGAUCCCAGUAGUGACUGCAGAAAUAGUGGGGACCACCUCUUUAUCAUCAGCACUUGGUGUGGUAUACUUCCUUCAUGCGGUGCCGUACUUGGUGAGCCCUCCCAUUGCAGGAUGGCUGGUAGACACGACUGGCAGUUACACCGCAGCAUUCCUUCUCUGUGGAUUUUCCAUGAUAUUUAGUUCCGUGUUGCUUGGCUUUGCUAGAUUUGUAAAGAAGGUGAAAAGAACCCAGCUGCGGUUCCUUGCCAAAGAAUCCGAUCCCAAGCUGCAGCUAUGGAACAAUGGAUCAGUGGCUUAUUCUGUGGCAAGGCAAUUAGAUCAGAAAGAUGAAGGCGCCUUGGCGAUGGCAGUGUCUGGUUGCAACCUCACAUGACCAGCGGCCUUGAACCUGGGACUCUUCAAGGCUGAUGGACCUGAGGCCACCAGAUUGCUCCUGAUUUGAAAGUAUUCUAUUUUGGCAGAAGAAUUGCCUUUCAAGAAAAACUUUAGUACUGUUUUCUUAACAUAUUUAUAAGGGGAAAUAGCCAAUAACAAAGAAAUCUAGAGCAGCUUAGAAUUUUCUCAUUUGGGAUUUGUGCUCACCAUCAAGCUUAGCUCCACUGGGGAAGAUAAGGACAGAGUUGAUGGAAUCAGCUGCAUUUAGGAAUAAUGGCGUCACCACAGUAGAGGGCACCGGGCAACAGGUUUAUCGUCCCUAACUCCCUGCCCCAUCUUUCCUCCUCAUUUAGAAGGUGAAGGCAAACACCUUGUGCUGUUGGCAGAAUAGGGAAUCACAACAGGUGUGCUGGUAGUGCGUGAAGAUGCCAAAACAGUGUCAUGGCAGAGCGUCUCAUACUUUUAAAAUCUGGCUAAGGAAUAUUUGCAAUUUUUUAAAGGCUGUGAUUAAUAUAAAAGGAGAUUGUCUUUUAUUCCCCUCUUAGUCUUCAGACCAGCCCUUGCCUCUGCCAAUGAGUAGGCAUCACUUUGAGAGUUCAGUCAAUAACGAAAUGCCGUGGUUGGGAUGGACUUGGAAGGGUGGCUGGUAAGAUCUUCUGUUUGAAACUGUCCCACUGAAACAGGAAGUUCUUCUGCUAAGACUGUUCCAGACACUUACCCUGUCACUGCCACAUACUUAGGCUAAAUUUCACAGAACUUGAGUCAUGGAGCAGCCUCUCCAUCUUUUAUGAAAUGUUAGUAAUACCCCAAUACUUUGAAUUUUUGUUUCUUCAGAAAGAAGUUCUGAUUUGAACUGCAGACAAAUUCCUGUUAGGAACAAAAAUGUUGACAGUAUUCCAACUGAGCAGUAAUUGAAUUCUUGAAUCAGCAGGUAUCUGGUGGGAGUUGUCUUUGCAGAUCGGUCAUUAGAUUCAUCAUUGCCCAAUAGAGGGCUUGGGGGUUUUAACCUGAAAAAUAUUAUCUUAGAGAUACUCUGCAAAUGGCAUUCCAUUCUCUCUUUACAAUUUUGCAUAACACUUAGAAACUUGACUCAUUAGAUUAGAAGAGUUUGCUCAUUCUCAAAAGUCCCACUUUUCUGUGAUUUGGGAUCAUUUCUGAACUUUUACAGAGGGAGGGCAUAGAGAUUGAAGAGGAAGACCAGGGCCGUCAGUUUAUCUCCACCUGUUUCAUAUCUGCUGAAUUAGAAUCCUGAAUCCCAAAUCAUGCCACACCUGCAAAUAAGGACAGAUUAUGUAAUUAACAGAGGGAUUUUUAAUUAUUCAAGUGUUUAAAUCCAAGAAUCAAAGCCAUUUAACCUACUGCCCCUGCCCCUACCCCUAGGCUUCACAAGUGCCUUUGCCAGACCUGGUGCUGAGAGAGAUAACAAAGAAUUGAGGAAAAUCCUAGAUUGGCUAAUGAGGCCUUGCUUGAACUGGAUUAUUUUCAUGUUGCUGUAUUAUUUUCAUAAUGAUAUACUAGCUUGAUUUGAUGAAAAAAUGGUAAUAUUUCAUUAUAGUUUCCCACAGAGAAAUUUGAAUGUUAUAUCUUACCUUUAGACUUUAAUUUUGAAUUCAUUCACUUUGUAAUUUGUGAUUUAAAAUUAUUUGGGCUAUAUCCUUAAAAAUUCAACAUUAAAAUGAAAUUAUACAUGUUUGGAAUAGCACUUUACCUUAAAUGUCACCUUUUAAAUCUUAAAACCGGUUUUUGAAAUAUGCCUGUUCUUAUUCAUUUUUUUCAGUGUUGAUUAUAGAAAACUUUUGCUCAUGUGGUUCUACAAUAUAAUUUCUCUGUUUUAACUAUUUAUGACAAACUAGAAUAGUGAUUAAGAGAAAAAAAAAUAUUUUGACUUUAUACAUAAAAUAAAUUUGCAUUUUUACUUUCUUGGAGCAGCAUUUUAAGAAAACCAGGAGGGAAAAUGUAGAUUUCAAAGUGUACAAUUUUGACACCUAUACAAAAUUUUGCUGUCAAUAUUCUGUGUACCUAAACUGUUGGUUUCCAAACUAAAGAAUGUGUGGGCAUGAUGUAUUUUAUGGGAUCAAGAACAAAAUUACAGUGGAAUGAUUCUAUGCCUUAAUUUUGGUUUAUGCAACUCUAAGUUCUCCCUUGGAACUAAGUAGAAAGACAGAAAAAUUAUGUAAUUCUCUGAUGUACCAUUGGUCCCAUUGUUCAAAUUAUAAUUUUACAAGUGGAUCAGAUAUGUAAGCUAAUGUUUUCCUAUUUCAAAGUCAAAAUAAAAUGCAUUUUUAGCCACA